CUUUGUUUUUUGUUUGAGACUACCGCCUCUACUCUAGAAUGACUUCAGCAAGAUGUUAGUCAGGUGUUGGUUCGGAGAGUUCAGAUUUGACAUGUUUGGACUUCCACUGCGUCUGACUCUCCUCCUCUGGCUUGGAAGAACACCCAGCACGCGAGGAAAGGUCAUAUCAUCUACCACCGUAAAUGGCGAGGCGGGACAACCUCUCAUCUUGAGCUGCAAUGUUUCAAUGGCGAUGGGAGAUAGCGUCCAUCAAGUGCGGUGGCUCGACAGACAUAACAAGCUUCUGCUAGCGUACCAGCACCGCGGAACAAUCCAUGUCAGCCAUAAAGCGCCCAACGUACAGCUCGUCUCUUGGCAAAAGGGCUCCAGCUAUAUCAACAUAACCAGGGUGCAGCCUGAGGACGAGGGCUGCUACCGCUGCGUAUUUGACAUCUUUCCAACGGGCUCGCAAGAAGGCAGCACAUGUAUCAGCGUGACCACCAGUGUGCAUCAAGAAGGCAACAAGAAGGCUGUGAGGGGCAAGCCUACUAGCCUGUCCUGCUGGUACAGCCUGCCUGAGCGUGUGCUUCAGGUUCUGUGGAAGAAGACAGCUGGACAGGAUGGCAGCAUCACCGUAGCUUCCUAUUCCCGAAGUCACUACAAUGUAGACGAGACGUUGCGGGGGCGUCUGAGCCUGAGCAAAAGCCUUGGCGACACACAGCUGUCUUUCCAGGUGGUGACGAUACAAGACGAGGCGUGCUACACCUGCGAGUUCCACACUUUCCCAGAUGGGAGAAAGAGUGCAACCAAUUGCCUCUCUGUUUAUGUUUUACCCGAUGUAAAGGUGACCCACGUGACCUCAUCGUCAGGUGUUACCGAAGCCAACUGCACCAGCCAAUCGCGACCCGCAGCAGAGAUCACAUGGAGCAUCGGCGGCAACAACCAAACUCUCAACACAUCACUUGCUACCCUUCACUCUGAAGAUGACGGGAUAACAACGGUGACAAACACGCUAUUGCUCCCGUCGGGGCUGCUCGGCAAGCAGUCGGUCCAGUGCAUUGUACACCACCAGGGACUGGAAGAACCCCUUUCCGUGUCUCUCGACAGCACACUCGGUGAGAUGAGAUUAGCCCACCUAAUAGUUAGUUACAUAACUGUUUUGAGCCAUUCAGAUGUUUAUUUAAAACCAAGGUGCAUAAAACAAAAGUUUAAAAUCGAACAAAAUAAAUGACGUCCAGAUACACUUUGCGAAUUACCACCUAAAGGAAUAAAACUAAGUAAAAGUAGUCGUCCAAAACAUGUGCUCAAGUACAACUAAAAAAGUAUUUGGUGAAAAUAAUACUUAAGUAAUGGGUAACAUUGUGAGUAACUGCUUAUAUUUCUGUAGGAUAUUUAUUUUUUAAACAAUGGUAUUUUUUUCUGAGCACAGUUAUCUAUAUGGACUAUUGUUAUAAUGAUACUGUACAAUAACCCAUUGCGUAACCACAUCAAGCCAAAGAAAUACAAAAAAAAAAAAAAAAAAAAUUGAAUUCAGAUGAGAGGGGAAAAAAAUACAUAAAUGAAGCAUUAUUCGUUCAAAGAGCAUGACUGCCCUCUGGUGGGGGAAAUAGUUCCGAGUUUGAAUAGUGAAGAGUUCUUUCAUAAUUACUAUUUAGAAAAAAAGAUCAUAUCUUUGGUUUUCCGAGGUCAAUCGGUGCCAAAUAAAAACUGGGAGAGAGGUUAAAAUCCACGCUUUCGAGUCAUGUUGAGGGCAGUGCUCUAUAUAAAAAACUUCAUUUUUUUAUAGUGCUUUAAAGACACCACAUGACUGAACAGGCUGGUGUGAAGAUAGAACGGCAAGCUUGUGUCUGAUUGGUAUAAUGGAGUCAUGUGAUGAUUAUCGCGACGUGUCAUUGGUGAAAUCGGUAGAGCUACCCCAGUAAUGCACCAGGCACGCCUCUACUCUUGGCAUUGCUGGCAGAAAAAAAAAAAUCGAAUAUGUAGAAUAAAGAAAAAUGUAACGACGGUUGUGUAGCCCAAAGUAGCGGAGCAAGAGUAGAGUUUUUUCUUUACAAAUUAAAACAUUCACUUGUAUGGGAAUUAGGAUCAGGUUACAUGUGCUAAUAAAUCGUAAAUCUAAAAAAUCCCUGUAAAGUGAAAAUAAAUGUGUCGAAAUUUUGGCCCACCCUAGAGCUUGACCAACAUUACUGUUGUCAACCCGGCCAAAUUUGAAUUAACGAUAAAAAAAAAAAAAAAAAAAAUCAUAAAAUCACUACCCACAAAAACAAAAAUCCUUACACUACUCUACAGGGGUGCAGUAUAGUUCGCAGCCUUUUCCCAUGUUUUCAUCAAUUAUCACUCAAUGUGCAAGACAUGUUUAGAAAAAGGUCUUGGCAUUGUUUUAACAUUCACGUGUCUAACUAUUUCCUGAACAAUUCUUGUGAAUUCUAAAUUGAGGUCGUUUUCAGUGUUGUUAAUAACGGCGUUACAAUAUAACGGCGUUACUAACGGCGUUAUUUUUUUCAGUAGUGGGUAAUCUAAUUAAUUACUUUUCUCAUCCUGGCAACGCCGUUACCGUUACUGAGGACGGAAAGGCAUGCGUUACUAUGCGUUACUAUAUUGGUCGAAAAGUCUGAGGGAGACGGACUCACCGAGACGACAGAGCAGAGCAGGAGCGGGGAGGAGGCAAGAAAGUUGUGACGCCGAGCAAACGCGAUGCUAGGUAGCUCCAAUAAUACAUGUUGUAGCCGAUAGCCGACAAACUACGCCCGCAUGUUAUGGUAGAUAUGGUAGACAUGGUAGAUAUGACAUGUACUGUAUAUAGAUAUGACUAGAUGCAAAAUGACAGACAUGGCACUAAAUGCGUUAGUAGACAGCCGCCAUCUUAAAGCAGUAGGCUUUUUAGGACGGCUCUGUUGUAGAGAACCUUCCUAGCGAACCUAAGUAACUUUUUAUCUAAAAUACUUCUAAAUCGGCAAAAUCUUGACUUGAAUCUAUCUUUAAAUGAUGAAACAGUUUUAAAACUUUUAUAUGUCGAAAGUAGAGAGAAGGGAACUAAUGCAAUAAUGGGAGCAAUUUUAACAACUUUUAACAGUUGAUUCAGGGUAAAGGGUAAAUUAGGGUAAAGAAUUGGGCUUUUUUUUUUUUUUUUUU